CGGGACGCGUGACGUAGGCCGGCUGGAGCUCGAGGUGUUUAUUGUUCCUUCCCGUCGAAGAGAGAAAAGGGCUGGCUUAGCGGAGGCAUAUAUCAAACACGCUUUCCCUGCGGUUUUAGCUUCAAGGAGCCAAUUUAGUAAGGCCAAAACAGGUUAAUACAGGACCGGUUGGCCAUGGCGUACGCGUAUCUCUUCAAAUACAUCAUAAUCGGAGACACGGGUGUGGGAAAGUCGUGCCUAUUAUUACAGUUUACAGAUAAGCGCUUUCAGCCAGUGCAUGAUCUCACUAUCGGUGUUGAAUUUGGAGCGCGAAUGAUCACUAUAGAUGGCAAACAGAUAAAACUUCAGAUCUGGGAUACGGCCGGACAGGAGUCCUUCCGCUCAAUCACCCGGUCCUACUACAGAGGUGCAGCUGGGGCUCUGCUAGUUUAUGAUAUCACAAGAAGGGACACCUUUAACCACUUGACAACCUGGUUAGAAGAUGCUCGUCAACAUUCCAACUCUAACAUGGUCAUCAUGCUCAUCGGAAAUAAAAGUGAUUUGGAGUCACGGAGAGAGGUGAAGAAAGAGGAAGGCGAAGCCUUUGCCAGAGAACAUGGACUGAUCUUCAUGGAGACUUCUGCAAAGACUGCAUCAAACGUAGAAGAGGCAUUUAUCAACACAGCAAAGGAAAUUUAUGAAAAGAUCCAGGAGGGAGUCUUUGAUAUAAACAAUGAGGCUAACGGAAUUAAGAUUGGACCCCAGCAUGCUGCCACCAACUCCACGAUGGGCGGCAGUCAGGGAGGACAGCAAGCCGGAGGGGGCUGUUGCUGAGCACUACCCUUUACCCUCCAGUCUUCUCCACGUCCCUCUCCGCCCCUUACGUUUCUACUGGACUGGUCGGGCUCACUAACAUUUUCUUAACCUCCCACAGCCCAGGCCCCGGAUUCAAAUCAUAUGUUAGAUGGCUAUCCAAAACAAUAUAUAUAUAUAUAUAUAUAUAUAUAUAUCUAUAUAUAUAUAUAUAAUAUAUAUA